AUUUUUUCAAUGAUUAGGGGUGAACGGAUGCUACAUUUAUUAUUUAUGGAAGGGGUAUUAUGCACGAUAGGUCAAUUAAGUCAUGCACGUACUGGUUGGGCGGUAAAAAAAACAUUUUGCGUCAAAAUGCAGUGUCGUAGAAAAAACGUUGAUCCGAGAUUUGAUAAACGGACUAACGGAGCUUCUAAUGAAAAAUAUGAACAUGUAACGAAAAAAACGUUUGGACAAAAAUAAAUUAUUACAGAAAAAUAAAUUUUUUG